AUGGGUAGUAUUUCAGCCUCCAUGCCUCCCGGCACCAAGAAAUCAUACCGGAUUGCGUCCAUCCCGGGCGAUGGCAUUGGGCCUGAGGUCAUCUCUGCGGGGAUCACAGUCCUGGAGACAUUGGCUGCCGCUCUUGGGACCUUUGAGUUGCAGUUUGAGCAUUUUGACUGGAGCAGCGAAUACUACAAAGCUCAUGGGAAAUACCUCCCUGACGAUGCGCUACAGUCAUUGAAGAAGUUCGAUGCGAUCCUUUUCGGCGCUGUUGGGGCACCAGACGUUCCGGACCAUAUUUCGCUUUGGGGUUUGCGAUUGGCCAUCUGCCAGCCCCUUCAACAGUAUGCCAAUGUCAGACCUACAAAGGUUAUCCGGGGAACCCAGUCUCCCUUACGCAAUUGCACCACCGGCGACUUAGACUGGGUCAUAAUCCGUGAGAACUCAGAAGGCGAGUAUGCAGGUCAAGGUGGUCGGAGUCAUGUCGGAAAGCCAUGGGAAGUAUCCACUGAAGUGUCGAUAUUCACUCGGCAUGGCGUCGAGCGUAUCAUGCAGUUCGCAUUUGAAACCGCACGGAGCCGGCCAAAGAAGCAUAUCACCGUCGUAACCAAGAGUAAUGCGCAGAGAAACGGUCUGGUGAUGUGGGACGAAGUCGCUGCCGACGUCGCUAAGAAAUUCCCAGAUGUCACCUGUGACAAGAUGCUCGUGGAUGCCAUGACGACGAGGAUGGUAUUGAAGCCAGAGUCAUUGGAUACCAUAGUUGCGACGAAUCUCCACGCCGAUAUCCUGUCUGAUCUUGCCGCAGCCCUGGCAGGAUCAAUCGGCAUAGCCCCGACCAGCAAUCUGGAUCCUACACGUGAGAAUCCAUCCAUGUUCGAGCCGAUCCACGGCUCCGGAUUCGAUAUCGCUGGGAAAGGAAUUGCAAAUCCGGUCGCGACAUUCUGGACAGCAUCCGAGAUGCUAGCAUGGCUUGGUGAAAAGGAGGCAGCUAAGGAGUUGCUGGACUGUGUGGAAGCGGUCUGUGAAAGGGGUGUCGUGACAUCGGAUUUGGGUGGUACGAGGACGACUGUUGAAGUCACCAAUGCCGUAUGCGAUGAAAUCAGGGCGAGGCCAAAGUAA